UCUACCCUUCUUCCUCAUUUUCAAAUCAAAUUUUAUUCAAAUUUCUUAAAUAAUAAAAACUCCAAUAUAAAUACCAAUCUCUUUGUCUCACUCUCACUCAGCUCAGCUCAGCUCACACUCCCCAAACCACCACCCACCACCGCCUCACAAUGCUCCGCCUUAUCCACCACCUCCUCCCCCUCCUCCUCAUCCUCCUCUUCACCGCCGCCCAACAAGUCCAUUCUUGGCGGCCGUGGCCGAAUGCUGUAAACAACAACAGCCGCAGCAGCACGGCGGACUUCCGAUUCGGCCCCUCGAAAAAGUUCGAAGGGUCGUCGGAAUUUGUCGACUUAAAGUACCACAUGGGUCCGGUGAUGACCACCAACAUCACCGUCCAUAUAAUCUGGUACGGAAAAUGGCAGCCGUCACAGAAACGGAUCAUCCGUGAGUUCAUCAACUCAAUAUCAGCGGAUUCCGUCAAACCGCCGUCAGUUUCCGGGUGGUGGAAAACCGUUCAGCUCUACACCGACCAAACCGGGUCCAACAUUUCCCGAACCGUCAAAAUCGGGUCAGAAAAAAACGACCGGUUUUACUCCCACGGUAAAUCCCUCACCCGAUUAUCCGUACAGUCAGUAAUAAAAUCAUUUAUUACCGCGAGAACAAAACCGUUACCGGUCACCCCUAAGAACGGGAUUUACCUCCUGCUGACGUCACCUGACGUGUACGUUCAAGAUUUCUGUCAGCAAGUGUGUGGGUUCCACUAUUUUACCUUCCCUUCAAUCGUAGGGUAUACCCUACCCUACGCAUGGGUAGGGAACAGUGCGAAACUAUGCCCGGGUAUUUGUGCCUACCCGUUUGCAGUACCCACUUACAUUCCCGGGUUAAAACCCGUUAAAGCUCCGAAUGGUGACGUUGGGGUUGAAGGAAUGAUAAGUGUUAUUGCUCAUGAGAUAGCAGAGUUGGUUACUAACCCGCUUGUGAAUGCUUGGUAUGCGGGUCCUGACCCGAUUGCACCGGUUGAGAUUGCGGAUCUUUGUGAGGGGAUAUAUGGUACGGGUGGUGGUGGGUCGUAUACGGGUCAGAUGUUGGAGGGUCGAGAUGGUGCCACGUUUAAUGUGAAUGGGAUCCGACGGCAGUUCUUGAUUCAGUGGGUUUGGAACCAUGUUGUGAAUUAUUGUACUGGUCCUAAUGCCCUUGACCAGUAAUCAGUUUACUAGAAGUACUAGUUUGUAUUUUAAUUUUUGGUGUUGUUUUUGGAUUAUUAGUUUUUGUAGAUUUUUAAUUUUUUUUUGGAGGGAAGUUUGGUUUA